CUACUUCCUCUUUUUACCAGCGACGCUUCCCAGCACAAACACUAGCAGCCGAACGGAGGCAUCUUCUUCCUGGUUGACAAGCAAACCACUGUACUCACCCCCUUCUUCCAUCACCUCAAAAACUAUCCACAACAGUCGAGUCUCACAGAGAGAGCUGCAAUGGGAAAUCAUUGCUCAAAGUGUGUUAAAUACACUGAUGCUUCGAGUCCGACCAUUUCGAGGCAACAAAGACACGGAAAAUCGGUUGAAUUACAGUCGGAGCAGCGCGAGAGCGAAUCGCCUCAUCUUCUUCCCUCUUCGGACUCUUUGGAGAAGAUCGAUGUGCCGUCGGCGUCCGGAGCGAUUUCUGACCCAUGCGCUUCGUACACCUCCGUGAUUGGAAACAAUUACUACGUAUUCUUGAGCUUUAGAGGCCCUGAUACUCGUAAAGGCUUCGUCGAUCACCUCUACCAUAGACUCAAAGAUGUGGACCUGCCGUUCCAUCCAAACUUUGUGUUCAGAGAUUAUGAGAACCUCCCCUUCGGCAUGAAAAUUGGUGAAAAUCUCAUCAGUGCAAUCAAGCACUCUAAGGUUUCAAUCCCAGUCAUCUCGGAAAAAUAUGCUGCUAAUGAAUGGUGCCUCCGCGAGCUCAUUCAGAUAAUGGAGUGUGAGGAAAGAGGAGAGCAAAAAGUCUUGCCCGUGCUUUACAAGGUGAAACCCCAUGAGGUGCGAGAACUAAAAGGGGCCUUUGGAAAGGCCUACAAAUCCCGUAAGAAUAAAUGUGAGGAGGAGGUCAAGCAACAGGGGCUGCUAGCUCUCAAAAAAGCAGUUGGUCUUAGAGUAUUCGAAUCAGAGAAAUUUGCUAAUGGGCAUGAAGCAGAAUUAAUAAAAGAACUCGUACGAGUAAUAAUGGACGAGCAGCGACAUAAUUUCCUACCACCUCUUCCUGGGAACUUGGUUGGAAUUGAGGAUCGUGUGGAUGAGGUUAUGAAAUUGGUGGGUAUUGCUCACCCAGACACUCGAAUUAUUUGGAUUUGGGGGAUAGGCGGCAUCGGUAAGACAACUCUAGCUACGAGCAUCUAUAAUAAACUUGUUGACAAAUUUCAGUGCCGCAGCUUUCUCAGAGAUAUUGAAGAAACAAUUAGAAACAAGGGGAUUGAGCAUGUGCAAUCUCGACUAAUCUCAGAUACAUUAGAAAUUCAUGACCAUGUAGCGCGUGAUCCUGAUACAAGAAUUAAUAUUAUCCGAUCCAAUUGUGCACAAAAGAAGGUUCUUUUUGUUCUUGACAAUGUGGAUCAUCAAGACCACCUCAAUAAGUUGAUUGGAGGUUGUAAAUUCCGGUCAGGAAGUAGGAUAAUCGUUACGUCACAUAUGGCCAUUAAAUGUCUAGAUAAGGCCAUGUCGGAGUCUACGUAUUUGUAUGAACUUAAAGAAAUGAAUUACUUUGACUCUUUGCUUCUGUUUAGCAUACAUGCAUUCGAAGGGAAGCCACGUCCAAAAGAACUCGCAACUCUUUCUUGCGAUAUCGUUGCCACCACAGGAGGGCAUCCUUUGGCUCUCGAGGUUAUAGGUUCACUUCUCAACGAAACAGAGGAUCAAAGAGUAUGGAGAGAAACGUUGAAGGAAUUGAGCAAGGCACCUCAUAUGACUGUGCAGCAAAAAUUGAAAGUAAGUUAUGAUGCGCUAAAAUAUGAGGAACAACAAAUGUUUCUAGACAUAGCAUGUUUUUGGUUGGAACUGACCAAAGAAUCGCCACCUACCUAUGGGAUGAUCUCGGAUUUUCCCCAAUAUCUGGAUUGGCAAGAAUGGUUGAACUUUCGUUAAUAAAAUUUGAUGAGAAUAAUGAGUUGACGAUGCAUGAUCAAUUAAGAGGUCUAGGCAGAGCUAUCGCCCAUCAAGUGAAGAAGAAGCCUUGGGAUUGGAGCAGAUUAUGUGGUGAGGAAGCCAUGAAAGUUCUAGGACGCAAGGAAAUAAAUGAAAAUAUUGAGGCACUAUGUUUGGACGAAAGGGGUUCCAAAGAGUUCAUAAAGCAAGAGAGCUUCAAAAAAAUGCCGAACUUGAAGUUCCUUCGUGUGAAGGAUGUAGACUUUGAUGGAGAUUUCGAAGGAUCACUUACUGAAUUAAGAUGGCUAAAGUGGGAGAGAUGCCGCGACUCUUUGGAGAUGACCAACUUUCAUUUGGAGAAAUUAGUCAUACUUGAUUUAUCUGGUGUUCAUUACGAUCGUGGAAGCGGUAUUAGUGAAAAUUGGAGAGGAUGGCGUUCAAUUAAGAUGGAGAGGUUGAAAGUUCUCAAUCUUUCGUAUUGCUGUUUACGGAGCAUACCUAAUCUCUCUGCGUUUAAAAAUUUAGAGAUGCUAAGCCUGUUUUAUUGUACUGAAUUGGAGGAAAUCGACCCUUCCAUUAGAGAUGUCAAGUGUCUCGUUUCCUUGAGCUUGACCGGUUGUCGAAGUCUUAGGAAGUUACCCGAACAACUAGGUGAACUAGAAAAAUUUGAGGAACUUGUUGUAAACCACACUGGGAUAAAAGAAAUCCCUCAUAUAGGAUCUCUAAAGAAGCUGAAGAGGCUUAGUACGGUUCGGAUUUGGGCCAUCAAUAGUACGGAUCCCUUCUUCAAUUGGUAAGUUGGGAGAGUUGCUUGAGCUGAACUUGUCAUUUACAAGUAUUAAGGAAUUACCCGAAUCCAUUGGGGAAUUGAAUAAAUUAAAAAUUUUGAAGAUCGAAAAUAGCGACAUAAAAAGAUUACCAAGCUCUAUUGGGAAAUUGCAAAGCCUCCGAGAGCUCCUGGCCUCCGAAUGUAAGGUGGAAGGACAAAUUCUUAUUGAUAAAGGUGGAUUGUCUUCUCUAAAGACCCUUGAUUUACACAUCACAAAAAUUUCUGGCUUGCCGGAAAACUUACAUCAGCUUUCUUCUCUCGAGCGCCUCGAUUUACUUUGGUGUCUUGAGCUUGAGUCACUCCCAAAACCACCUUGUAGCUUAUCAUUCCUGCGGCUCGCCUGUCGAAGCAAGGAGCUGCCAUCGCUCUCUCACCUCAAGCAUCUACAGGAGCUCUGGCUUUGGGAUUGCGGGUCUCUUCAAAGCAUCCCAGAGCUUCCCUCCUGCAUACGAAUGCUUCACGUUGUGCGAUGUCCCAAAUUGGAAAGGUUGUCAAUUCUUUCCGAUUUGAAGUUUUUGUUGA